GUACUUCUUGAGGAUUGGGUUUCACUUGGACCGCUUCGAAACACGGGUUUGCAUUCGUAUAUGACCAUGUAUGCUUGGGCAGCCACAGACCCUUGCAGGAGGUUUGCUCCUAGACAUGCGCCCACCGUCUGCCGGAUUAUUAGAGCCGAAAUCUAGCAUUCAAUGUCUGUUUCAUCUUGAGUUCUACCAUCUUUCUUUCGCCUGUCGUCGUGCUCGAAUCACAACGACGCAUCACAUUGCUCCUCAGUCUUGCUGCUUGUCCUCACGAAUGCCCCCAAAAGUCUACUCUGUAUUCCCUGGUCUUCCCUACGUCUCAGGGUCCUCAUCAAGCUUAGGAGAGACAUGAAUCAACCCUUCAAGUCUCGUCUCGACGACCAAACGACAGGAGAGUAUCAUGACGAACCACUGCCACGAGAAAUCAGCCGUUCAGCUAUAAUAGUGGACACCAGCAUGAGUGCGCUCACUGGACCUUCCUCUGAUAGAGUAUCACAUCGACGCUCAACCUCCAAUGGCUCUCUCGAUUCGAUUAUAUCGGUCAAAUCUGUCUCUGGGCGCAACUUGUUGAGGAGACUCAUCAUCCCUCUUGUGAUCCUAUUGUCCAUCUCUCUUGCAUCCGCGAGUCAGACUGAGGCUGCACAUUAUCUCCUUGUGGAGCUCAACUACAAUCAAUCAUACUUCGCAUUCUUUCUCACCCAUGUCAGUUUCAUCGCUGUCUUUCCUCUCCAUAUCCUCAUCCUAUGGAUCUUUCGGCCAUCGAUAAGACCUGCAGUAUACUUAGAAGGCUUAAGAAAUGUCAUCGGCGACCAAAUGGAUCUCACGCACUCAGGUCAUGAGGCAACAUGGCGAGAAAUAGCCCCUGGUUGGGUCAAGAAGUCUAUCGGGAUGACCGUGCUCAUCUCCCUACCUGCGCUAUCAUGGUUUAUCGCUGUAGUCUUCACGACUGCAAUGGAUGUCACUACGAUAUACGCCACGAGUACCUUCUACGCCUACUUCUUCUCCAUGUUGUUGCUCAAGCAACCCUUAUCACGGAUUACCAUCGGAAGCAUCUGCAUGGCCUUUGCCGGAGUUUUGGUCAUUGUUUUCGCGGGCUCGUCCAAGUCAAAUGGGACGUCAGUGGAUAAUGGCCCGAAGAACAGGGUGCUGGGAGAUAUCAUCAUGACUGGUGGUGCCAUCUUUCUUGGACUAUACGAGGUGGUUUACAAGCUAGCUCUUCCGGAGGAACCACCAGAGACUGCAUCACGUCCUCCUACUGCUGCAUACUCUGAGCUGCCUGUACACGCUACGCAGGCUGCCGAAUUUGAUCAGUCCCCGCCUGUAUCUCGGGCAGGUACCCCUCCGCCUAGUCGACCCCGACCCCAAGGCCGUUCCCAGACUGUUAGAAGCGAUGACAUUCCACUUCGCGUUUCUCCGACUGCUGCUCGCUUUCCUGCAGGCACUGAUGCUGCUCCGAAAACCAGUCGUCCGUCCUCACCAGCCUCGUCAGACUCUUCUUCUCGCAAUCUCCCUUCCAAGCUCAUCGAAGCCGACUCCCUCCAGCUGCCCCCUGCACUUCUGGCCAACUUUCUCACGAGCAGUAUCGGUCUCACUACGAUUUUCUUCCUCUGGAUGCCUUUGCCAAUCCUACACUGGCUUGGCUGGGAAACAUUUCAUUGGCCAGGGAGUCGAGGAGAAUCCGCCAUGGAAAUCUGGACCGACCUCAACAUCGUAUCGUGGGGUGGGGCCAUCUACAAUGCUGGCCUGAUGAUCCUCAUUGGUAUUUGGGGACCAACGACUUCAUCCGUUGCCAAUCUCUUGACUAUUGGACUCGUCGCUGUCUUUGAUGCUGUAUGGGGUGGCAGCAUCCCUGACUUUCAGACCUUGGUUGGAGUCGCCAUGAUCUGCUUAGGAUUCGGAGUCCUGCUGUGGGAAGGCGAGGGAUAGUGGCUCCACCUGUAUCAAUUAUAGAUCGAACUACAUUCAUGCUGGAUCGAACCAACACAACAGUGGUCCCAGAGUCGUGACCAUCGCUUUAGGGACUAAUGCAUUGAACACAGACAUUUGCUUUGGCACUGACAGUCACAAGUCAUACGUAGAUGAAGCUCUUUGAUCAAGAUCUGACGCUGAUCUUAG